CCCAGAUUUUAAUCCCCAAUCUCCACUUCUCCCCGGCACCUGCGCGUAAAACCCUAGCUCGCUUCCCCAGUCCGCCAUGGCGCGUAAGAAGCGAAAGGUGGAUCCGGCCCAGUCCGCCGCCACCAGCCAUCAGCAGGAGCAUCCAUCCUCGGAGCUCAAUUCUUGCGGCACCACCUACAUCCCCAUCACGGACGACCCCCCGCCGCCGCCCGCCGAGGCCGCCGCCGCCGCCGCCGACGAGGAGUCCGACGGCUCCGACGGCGAUGACGAGGAGGACGUCACCAAGCUGCUCGAGCUGCUCUCCAGGGAGCAACUCGUGGAGCUGCUCCGCCGUGCCGCCGAGAAGAGCCCCUGGACCAUGGCGGACGUGCGCUGCGCGGCGGAGGCCGACCCCGCCAGCAGGAAGCUCUUCGUGCACGGCCUCGCCUGGCGCGUCGGCGCCCAAGACCUCCGCUCCGCCUUCUCCCGCUUCGGCGACCUCGAGGACUGCAACGUCAUCCUAGACAAGCAGUCUCGUAAAUCCAAGGGCUACGGCUUCGUCCUCUUCCGUUCCCGCGCCGCAGCGCUCCGCGCCCUCCGCUGCCCCCAGCUCCAAAUCGCCGGCCGUCUCGCCAUUUGCCAAUUCGCCGCCUCUGGCCCUACUACCCCGUCCCCCAAGUCCCAGAACCCUAGCUCAAAUGCCCCUGCUUCCUCGUCGCCAUCCCAGCCAGACAACAUACAGCGCAAAAUCUUUGUUGGCAACGUGCAUGCUAAUGUUGAUGUUGCCCGCCUCUAUGAGUACUUCUCGCAAUUUGGUGAGAUUGAGGAGGGGCCAUUUGGUUUUGACAAGAGCACUGGCAAGCCUAAGGGGUUUGCGCUCUUCGUUUACAAGUCUGAGGAGAGUGCCAGGCGUGCACUGGAGGAGCCUAUGAAGAAUUUUGAUGGCAAGGUGCUCAAUGUGCAGAAGGCCACAGAUGGGAGGACAAAGAGCACACCAGCUGGGUCCAACUCGAAUGCCAAUUCUAGUGCCACCGCUGCUUCUGCACAAAUGACUGCGCCUUCUGUUGCCACCCCUGCUUCUGCACAAAUGACUGCACCUUUUAUUGCCGCCGUUAAUCCGUAUGAUCCAUUAACAUAUGGUGUCACUGCUGCUUCUGCACAAAUGACUGCGCCUUCUAUUGCCGCCAUUAAUCCGUAUGAUCCAUCAACAUACCGUGCUACUGCUGUUCAUGACAUGGCCGUUGCCCAGCAAGCUGCCAUGCUGGGGAUGGGUGCACAGCAGCAAGCAUUUGUGCAGCCCAACGCCAGCUCCGGUACCCCCAACAACGCUCCUGCUUCCUCUUCGUCAUCCCAACCUGACUACAUGCAGCGCAAAGUCUUUGUUGGCAACGUGCAUGCUGAUGUUGAUGUUGACCGCCUCUAUGAGUACUUCUCACAAUUUGGUGAGAUUGAGGAGGGGCCAUUGGGUUUUGACAAGUGGACUGGCAAGCCUAAGGGGUUCGCGCUAUUCUUUUACAAGUCUGAGGAGAGUGCCAGGCGGGCACUGGAGGAGCCUAUGAAGAAUUUUGAUGGCAAGGUGCUCAAUGUGCAGAAGGCCAAAGAUUGGAGGACAAAGAGCGCACCAGCUGGGUCCAACUCGAAUGCUAACUCUAAUGCCACCGCUGCUUCUUCACAAAUGGCUGCGCCUUCUAUUGCCGCCAUUAAUCCGUAUGAUCCAUCAACAUACGGUGCCACUGCUGCUUCUGCACAAAUGACUGCGCCUUCUAUUGCCGCCAUUAAUCCGUAUGAUCCAUCAACAUACGGUGCUACUGCUGUUCAGGACAUGGCCGUUGCCCAGCAAGCUGCCAUGCUGGGGAUGAGUGCACAGCAGCAAGCAUUUGUGCAGCCCAAUACCGCAAUGCUUGCCAUGAUGGCAGCUGCGAUGCAGAACCCAACCAUGUUUGCGGCAUUAAAUCCGUCUUUUGCUGCUAUGGAUGCUGGGGGGCAACACACUGGCAUUCCUGAUUUUGGAGGUCAAGGUUUUGGGCCACAAGGAUUUGCAACUGGUGGUGUCAAUUUUCCGCCUGCAGCUGGUGGUCUUCAGGGAGCUGCAGCAUAUCAAGGAUGUCUUCCUGGUUUUCAGGGGACACCUGGGUUUCCGACAUCUGCUGGGUUUCAGGUUGGCCAAGCAGCUUCCCAAAAAGAUACUACUGCAGCUGCUGGUGCUACCGGUUAUCAGGCUGGGCCUGCUGGGCAGGGUCAAAUGCUCAGUUCUAAUACUGACUUUCUGGGUGGCUAUUGAUAUCACUAGUUGAUCUCAUUUUGGUUGCAGUCGCAGUGUGAUUUCAAGGAAUGGGAUAUUCAUAUCUUUUACAUUCAUCAUGGGAAUUUCUCACCUCAGGCUGAGUUUGACCGAUGUGACCUUAAAAUCUUUAAUGUCAGGGAGCUUUGUUCUCCUUGGAACUUGCUUCUGGAAGUGUUGAGUGUUUUACCGUAGCCAUGGAACAUAGGUUUAAAGCGCACCUUGUGUCGAUGCCCAGUUCUUAAUUCAUAAGCAACAUGACUUCUUCGAGGCAUGUUCUUGGCAAAGUAAGUAUCCUGAACAUUACUAUACGGUCAAAGCAUAACAGUCAGAACUUUUCAUUUUUGUUCAGUCUGCACAAUCUGUCAUGAGGGGUAAUUGCCUGUGUUUCGACUUUCGAUAUGCCGAUACCAAAAUCUGCUAUUUCUGUAAUGUUAUGUUGGUAUUGAUUUGCAAGGAUUUGAUCAUUCUUUUCGCUCCUUUUAUGUGUCAUGUUUAUGCCAUGACUAGAUAUAUCCGGACGUAGUUUAUUAGAUUCGAAUGAAGCAUUUAAUCAUACCUUGGCUAUUGUACACUGGUGGUGAAAUUCAAUGGAUGCGCUUAGAGCGGCCAGUUAGGCAGUCAACAGUGAGCUACUAUUACCCCUUCAUUAAUUUAUUCUUCUUAUUUUCUACAACGGAGGGGUGAUUCCUUUUCUGUUCUCUUGAUCGUCUGCCAAGUGUGAUUUGACAAUCCUUAUGCUUUGUGCCUUGAUAGUAUAUAUUUGCUUACUUCUGGCAAGUAUGUCAUGAAUAUUUCUAUAGUUCACCAACUGAUGAAUGUAUUAUCCGAAGAGAGUUCUGAUGCUCAAGUGAAGACACAGGUAAGGAUUAUGGUUAUAUAUCCAGGUGUUCUCAUGUACAGAGUAAAAAUAUUUGUUCUCCAGUGAUAACAGAGUCUUUUUGUUGUACAAAAUACAAUGCUUCAGCUUGUUACCAUUCCCCUGAGAACAGCUAACCCUCUGUUGGAGAAGGACAUGGACAACACAGAAGCAUAACAUAAAUGGAACAGUUAAAAUUGAUACCAUGAAGUGUUUAAACAAUGGGUUUUGCUAAUUCUCACUCGCCUGCUAAUUCUCAGUCACGUCCGGAACCGUAGGACCGAAUGCCCUAAGAUUCGUGUUUCAUUGUUUUCUUUGCUCAAGUCAGGGGGUCUGGAAUGUGUUCUUUUGGCCUGUUUUGGCUGCAUGUUGCUUUUCAGCCCGUGCUGGGCUCUGUUUCUGUACUGGGAUUUUUCUGUGUCUUUUGCUUUUCUACGUGUAACAUUACACUGUAUCCUUAUAUGGUCUCCCUAGUUCUAAAUAGAUAUGUUGUUUCUCACAAUGCAACGUGUCAAACCUGCUUGGUCCUGAAUGUAUGAGUAGUUCAUUUUUAUUCUUUGUAUGAAUUUUCGUUUUCAAAAAUUGUUUGAUAUUUAGGUCGCAGGUCCGUGACUGGCAUGUCCCACGGGCACAUCGGCCCCACUGGUAAUAUAUUUCCUGUUUUUACUUUGCAAAUUCUCAUUUUGCCCAUUGUUGAAGUAUUAACUGAGAUUUUUCCAGUUACAUUUAUUUCGAAACCAAGAUUUUUCCGGUUGCACACUUGUUGCAACCGAGAUUUUUUCAGUUGCACAUUUGUUGCUACCGAGAUUUUCCAGUUGCACAUGGGUUGCAACUGUGAUUUUUGCCCGUUACACGUGGGUUGCAACCAAUAUUUUUCUAGUUGCACAUGUGUUGCAACUGAGAUUUUCCAUUUACACACGAGUUGCUACCUAUAUUUUUAUAUUUAUACAUGGGUAGCGACCAAGAUUUUUAUAUUUGUAUACCGGUUGAAACUGGGGAUUCCAGUUACACAUGGGUUGCAACCGACAUUUCAACAGUUGCACAUAGUUUGCAACCGAGAUUUUUGCAGUGGCACAUGGGUUGCAAUUGACAUUUUUCCAUUUGCACGUGGGUUGCAACCGUGAUUUUUCCAAUUUCACAUGGCUUGCAACCGAGGUUUUUCCAGUUUCACAAGGCUUGCAACCGAGAUUUUUCCAGCUGCGCAAGACUUGCAACCGAGAUUUUUUUUUUGGUUACACAUUUGUUGGAACUAUGUUGCUUGGGAAAAAGGCUUUGAUGUUGUUGUUGGAACUAAGUUUUUUUUUCCGUGGACCUUAUCUUUUUUUUUUGUUAUUUUUCUUCAAUAACGUGCAUGUGUGUUGCUUUUUUAUGAUCAUUAUUGUCUGUUGGUUUAAGAAGAGGUACACAAGCAGAAGCCCAACCCAGUCAAAGCUCUCUCUAAAAAAAGUCAGCCAAAGAAAAGAAACAGACAAUCACACACGCAGAUCAUUUACCAGGAGGAUGAUUUUAAAAGGUCUACAAGCCCAGCGCAACUAGAUAGACCUGAAACGAACGGAGCAUUAGUAUUUAUUAAUCAUAUGGGGAUAGUUCGACUGAGAAUUUUCUAAUACUUGGUCGCCUGAGGCCUAGACGCACCCUUAAACAAUGUUUCGACGUUUUGAGACUGAAAAAGGAAUUGCUAGAAGGAUCUUGGUUAGGCAACAUAAUUUGGGAUCCCAGCCAGGAUACUCCAAAUCCUAAGUUAAUCCUUGAUCUUAAGAUGAGCAGGUGCUUUUUGAGAUUCUAGAUGAAAAGAGUGGAGAUCACCUCCGCUCAUGAUUGUUACUCGGUCAAUGAAUACUUCAACAGUGGAAAUUUUUGACCAUAACAACCAAGCAGUUACAUUGUGUGGCCAAUUCGACAUUUCCAAUGACAAAUUUUAUUCUAACUGGAAGAUGUUACAGCAAGCUAAAUCUCAUACUGAAAAGUUUUCUUCAAUGGGCAUAAAGGUGGUACAUUCUUUUCCUGCUCAGAAGCUGCAGUCCAUGAAGCCAAAGUUGAGCGAGUAUGA